GUCUCCCCUUUGGAAAUUUUCCUGCUUUUGCAAAAUGAUGACUAUUUCUUUGAUUUGGGGAAUUGCCGUGUUGGUGAGCUGUUGCAUAUGGUUUAUUGUUGGAAUAAGGAGAAGGAAAGCUGGUGAACCUCCUUUGGAGAACGGGUUGAUUCCGUACCUGGGCUGUGCUCUGAAAUUUGGAUCUAAUCCUCUUGAGUUCCUAAGAGCUAAUCAAAGGAAGCAUGGUCACGUUUUUACCUGCAAACUGAUGGGGAAAUAUGUCCAUUUCAUCACAAACUCCCUGUCAUACCACAAAGUCUUAUGUCAUGGAAAAUAUUUUGACUGGAAAAAAUUUCAUUACACUACUUCUGCGAAGGCAUUUGGACACAGAAGCAUUGACCCAAAUGAUGGAAAUACCACGGAAAAUAUAAACAACACUUUUACCAAAACCCUCCAGGGAGAUGCUCUGUGUUCACUUUCUGAAGCCAUGAUGCAAAACCUCCAAUCUGUCAUGAGACCUCCUGGCCUUCCUAAAUCAAAGAGCAAUGCCUGGGUCACGGAAGGGAUGUAUGCCUUCUGUUACCGAGUGAUGUUUGAAGCCGGCUAUCUAACACUGUUUGGCAGAGAUAUUUCAAAGACAGACACACAAAAAGCACUUAUUCUAAACAACCUUGACAACUUCAAACAAUUUGACCAAGUCUUUCCGGCACUGGUGGCAGGCCUUCCUAUUCACUUGUUCAAGACCGCACAUAAAGCUCGGGAAAAGCUGGCUGAGGGAUUGAAGCACAAGAACCUGUGUGUGAGGGACCAGGUCUCUGAACUGAUCCGUCUACGUAUGUUUCUCAAUGACACGCUCUCCACCUUUGACGACAUGGAGAAGGCCAAGACGCACCUCGCUAUCCUCUGGGCAUCUCAAGCAAACACCAUUCCUGCAACCUUUUGGAGCUUAUUUCAAAUGAUCAGGAGUCCUGAAGCAAUGAAAGCAGCCUCUGAAGAAGUGAGUGGAGCUUUACAGAGUGCUGGCCAAGAGCUCAGCUCUGGAGGGAGUGCCAUUUACUUGGAUCAAGUGCAACUGAAUGACCUGCCGGUACUAGACAGCAUCAUCAAGGAGGCUCUGAGGCUUUCCAGUGCAUCCUUGAAUAUCCGCACAGCUAAGGAGGACUUCACUCUCCAUCUUGAGGACGGUUCCUAUAACAUCCGAAAAGAUGACAUGAUAGCUCUUUAUCCACAGUUAAUGCACUUGGAUCCUGAAAUCUACCCAGACCCUUUGACUUUCAAAUAUGACCGGUACCUUGAUGAAAGCGGGAAAGCAAAGACCACCUUCUACAGUAAUGGAAACAAGCUGAAGUGUUUCUACAUGCCCUUCGGAUCAGGCGCGACAAUAUGUCCUGGAAGACUCUUUGCCGUCCAAGAAAUCAAGCAGUUUUUGAUCCUGAUGCUCUCCUGCUUUGAACUGGAGUUUGUGGAGAGCCAAGUCAAGUGUCCCCCUCUAGACCAGUCCCGGGCAGGCUUGGGAAUUUUGCCACCACUACAUGAUAUUGAGUUUAAAUAUAAACUGAAACACUGAUACGUGGUUGGAAGAAGCGAACACUGGAUGAUGUCACUUGGCGGCUGAGAGUCAUCACUAAACAGGCCUUCGGGACCAAUGCUCACUGAUGCGCCCUAGCGACUGGAUUAGUGGGAAGAACUUUGUUCUCGCUGCCCACAUUCCUGGGUGUUCACAUAGCUGGGGCCAGAGCUUCAUCACUUUCAGAAAGCAAUGUCUUUUGUAUUUAUUUUCAAAAUGAAGAUAUUCCAAUUGGCAGGAUAUUUUUCCUAAGGAAAUUGCUUUAUAUUUUUAUGAAAACUACCAAUUAAUUAUGAAAGGGCUUGAAAUUCACGUUUUAGUGAAAUUACUGAUUUUUCACUAGUAAGGUUCUUCAGGUGUGAAACUGUAUUAUAAAAAUGUUGUAAUGGGUCACACUGUGCUUUGCAUAAAGGUAAAGGAAACUAUGUUUCAGCCUUUUCUGUGUCUAUGAGCUUCGAAAAUAAUCUUACUGUUCUAGAAACACUGGGGAGGUUUCGACAUGCUCUCGCUAUAUUUUAUUUUACUGUUGCUAGAAAUUUUCAUUCCAGUUUUCAACUACCUUAUCUUUCCCCCAUUUUGACAUGCAUGCCAAUGAGAAGAGUAUUUUUUAGGAAUUAACAAGGCACCUCCCAGAACCCUACCCUGAGACUUUUAAGCCUUUAAUCCCAGCACUCGAGAAGUAGAGCCAGGCAGAUCUCUGAGUCUGAGGUUAUUCUGGUCUACAUCAGCUCCAGAUAAGCCAGGACUACAGAAUGGGAUCUUGUCUAAAAAAUACAGCUAAUCUUUAUGUCAUAACUGAUUAUGAAUCAACCUAAAAGAUAAAUUUUCAAUCAGGACUCAGAGAAAAUGAGCAAUUAAAAAACUUAGCUCUGAGGUAUGUGGAAUUCAUUAAGUACAAGUUGACAUUACAUGUUCUUUAAAAAUAGUUUAUGUUUUAUCUCUAAAUGCCCUGCAGAUGAAGAAUAAUAAUGAAAAGUUGAAUAAUACUGUUUAAACACUAAGUGCAAUAAUGCUUUGGUAAUGUACUUUAAGAGAAUCAUUAGCCGUGCCAGUUUUACUAAAAUAUAUUUAUAUGUAAAUUAUAUUUAUCUUUUUCUUAUACCAUAAAUAUAAAAAUAUUGCAACAUUUAGUAAUUUUAAAAUUACAUACCUUUCAGAAAAUGAUGUAUGAAUGUUUGUAUGUUUUUUAACUUUGAACAGAACAUUUAAAUUAUUCAUCUACGGUGAUUUUUAUCUUAUUUAUUUCUUUUUGUCUCAUUCAUAUCUUGAAGAAAUCCAAAAAUAUCUGAAGGAAUCGCUCACUCAAAUGUCUCCCUAUGGUUACAGAAAAAUUCAAUACCAUGUUUUUGUCCUCGGGGACUGAAGCAGGGUGUCGUGGGUGCCGAGCAGAGGCUCCUGCUGCAGCGAGCUUUAUCCACGGGACUCCUUAAACUUUUAAAAUCUUAUCACUAUUAUCAUGCAGUUAUUACCUAAGUAGGAUAUUUCCCUUUCCUUUUUCAUUUCAGCAGAGUCCCUUAGCAACCCAGGCUGACUGGGACCCUCCAUGUAGCUUAAGCUGUGAACUCACUGUACUUCCUGUUUUCACUUAUUUUAGGAAGUAAUUUUCCCUAUCAGAAAUUUUAAUUGUUUAGAUGAUGUAUAAGAGUAACACAAUUCUGUUAUAUACUAAUCUGUAGUAAACUAAAUUUGUUCUUAGAACAAGUUUGAUGACUCUCAAAUUGAAUGUAUCCAUACAUCUUUCCAUGGCUUCUUGAAUGCCCAUUUCUCAUACACAGAAUGAUGGGUUUCACGGUGAUGUCUUCCUUUCAUGUCUUUAUUCUUGUGCGGUGAUGGUUGGCAAAUGAUACCCAUGGAGCAAGGUUACUCUUCCUAUUUCUGUGCAGCCUAAGUGUUAAGAAUAAUUUUUAAAUACUUGGAGGGAAGGCACAUUUUGUGUCAUAUGUGAAGUGACAUGUGACACACAGACUAGCAAAUCCAUGAGUAAAAUUUUAUUGGGAU